UGGUCAAAACCAAGGUGUCCCCGGUUCUUUCUGGAACUGUAUCGACUUUUGGCAUGCACAUCUCAUGCACAGUGGGUGUCACAGAGGCGCCCCGCCACCCCGCCAAAGCGCUUUUCGGAUUUGCGCUCUUCCAUCGCCUCCGUCUUCCCUCGCCUCCAUCUUUCGUCUUCCAUCGCACUUGCUGCCGCCGCCGCCGCCGCCUUCCAAUCCGCCCCACUACAGCCAUCCGAUCUGCAUAGCUACUGCCAUGGCCGACGCAAAACGUCCUAUCCCGCGAUCCAUCCAGUCCACCGUCUCGGGUGCCUUCCUGUUCGUCACAGACUCGGAACUGCGAGGAGCCUCCGAUGUCUCGGAUGAGGGCAAGAACGCCCACUUUUUCAUCUCGAACCACCCAGAGUUUGUGACGCUCCGCAGCCGAGCCACAGGCGACUAUCUCGCUGCCGACCAAGACCACAACUUGUACUUCACCGAGACCAUCUACAACGAGAACGCCCGGUGGAUCCGCAACGUCGCUUCGGACGUCCAAAAGACGGCCGAGGACAAGCGCGAUGAGGUCUACAAGGUCACCUACAAGUCCUACAACGGCCGCUACCUGCACGCCCGCCCGCUGAACUUGACCGAGUCUGUCUUCAAGCGUCUCCGCCAGCUCCAGAACCAGGACAGCCCCAACUCGCCCGAUCUCCAGUACGGCUGGCUCGGCUACCUGUCUGAGAAGGAGGAGUGGUUCUGGGAGCGCAACGCCGAGGUCGCCGUCGAGCCGUCCAAGGAAGACAUCCAGGCCGGAGUCCUCGAUGAGGCCCAGCUGGAGCACGUCGCCGUGGUCAGCGCUGCCAACGACAUCAAGGACGAGGUCCAGGAGCAGCAGGGCGUCAAGCUGCAGGUCGAGGACCCCAAGCCCGAGCCGCCUACCACCUCGGCGGAGGCCCAGGAGAAGAAGGACGACGAGCAGGCCGCCCAGACGCAGCAGAUCGAGAACGACGAAAAGUCCAACGCCGCUGCCUCCGCCCCCGCCGCCGCCCCGGUCGUUUCGCAGACCGAGAUGGCCACGGCCGCCGCUGCCUCGGCCUCCACUGCCGCAUAGGUGUGGAGCACGCACGAUUGUCGGCCGUUGACCCUGGCCUGCGAGCGAGCAGGGCUUUUGUCGUCGCUCCCAGGCGAUAUGUCGGGCGGGCAGCCCCUCUGUCUAUUUGACCAUGUUGUCCAGCUUCCUCCAUCCGCUUCCUGCAUUUCGUCCUGCUGUUUUGAUUCCACCUGGUCUCUCCCCCACCUUCCUUCGUCGUCUCGUUGUCGCUCUCUCGCUUCCAUUUCCUUCCAAUCGCUGCCCCCCCCCCGAAUUGCACCCUUACCCUUGUCUGUGGCUCGUCGUGACAGCGCACUGUUCUGCCAGGCCGCACCCACUGUCAAUACACGGCACCCAUUUGUCCGA